AUGCUUGUGACGACUCUGGGCUGGGAGCGUUUCAAACAAAAGGCUGAGGUUGAGCAGCAGGAGGGUUUCCAUUCAUUAUCUUUGCCGCCACUCUUGUUCGAGGAGGAUCAGAUCAUGUUUAGCGCCAUGCGUGCACUCAAGAGUCAGGAACUUGGCGAUCUCCAGUGCAUCGCAAAGCAGCUAGAAUGGCACCACCGUCGAGGUCUGAACGCCGCCAAGCGCAAGAGAGGGAUCGACUAUUUGGAGAACUCCUUCCUCCUCGUCGAACUCAGUUCCAGAUACCGGAGACGAGUCGGUUAA